AUGUUCAGCGGCAAGUUGACGACGAUGGAGCAAACUAAUCAGGACAAGGCAUCUCAUAACCUGAUGAUGCCCAGUUCAGCACAACAAGACCAGCAACUAGUGACCCCCCUACGCCCGAGAACUGUAAUUCUUAAAGAUGGGGAGACAGUUGCUACAAUGUAUCCAAUACCAUCGUUUCCACAAUUACUUCCGCCAGAGUUACUUCAGUUUUUAUUAGAUGAGUUCAAUAUGGAGAUAGAAAAAGGUGACAGUUUCCCUUAUUACGAAACAUUAAGCUUGGAAGAAUUCCAGGACGUUUGGUUUAAUAGGGAUGGACAUAUAUGUAUUAUGGUUCUUGGAGAGAUUCCAGAACUCGAUUAUAGUGCAGAGGAUAUAUAUCCUAGUAGUGAAAGUACAGAAAAGGGUUCUGGAUCUGCUAAUAAUAAUGAUAGUGAAAAGAAUUCAGAAAAAUAUUUACAAAGAAAGAAAUUACGCAAUUUUAAUUUCAAGAUACCUUGGGAGAAACAGUGUUUGGGUAUUUUCCAACUCCAGCCUGCAUAUCCUGGUAGAUCAUCUCAUGUAGUGACGGGUACAUUUUUAGUCAAUGCUGGUAUUAGAGGUAAAGGUAUUGGCAAGACACUUUCAGAAAUAUUUAUUGAAUGGUCCAAGAAACUGGGCUUUACGUCAUGUUGUUUCCCAUUGAUUUAUGGUACAAACGUUGGGAUUAGAAGAAUACUGGAAGAUUUAAAUUUUAGAAGAGUAGGAAAACUACCAGAAGCUGGUAUUUUAAAAGGUUAUGAUGUACCUGUAGAUUCAUUUAUAUACGCUAAGGAAUUUACCCAUAUCAAAAGAAGUAUCGAUUUACUACGUGAUCCUGAGAAGAGUAACGAAAUUGCAAAAUACGAACGAUUACGGUACUAUCUGGAAACUGGAGAAUAUCCGUUACAUUGUGACAGAAGUGAAAAAGCUCGGCUUCGUGUUAGUGCCAAGAACCAUAACUUACAGAAUGGAAAAUUGAUGACUAAAGGAAGAGAAGUUGUUUACGACCCUGUUAAGCAAAGACAAAUCGCUUUGGAGACACAUAAUGUCAUGCAUGAAGGUAUAAAUAAGAUAACGUCCAAAAUUGCAAAAAAAUACCAUUGGAAGCGGAUUAAACACACAGUUUCUGAAGUGAUUGCACAAUGUCAGAAAUGUAAAAUGAGAUACCCCGAUGAGAAUGGGGUUAUUGUCACAGCUGGUGAAGCACCUGUGGCACAGGCACAUAUGUUACCAUCACAUGUGAUAAAUACUGAUAAAAUUAUGAAUACAACAGAAGUGUAUAAUGGUACGCGUACUAGUGAGUCAAAUUUAAAGCUUGGGGCCAGUUUGCCUGCUGUAAAUGAUACCCAUAAAGGUAAAAGAUCAAGAAGCAUAUCUGAAAAUAUCAAGGGCGUAGAUCACGAUGCAACACGCGAACUUGAUUCUACUAAAUCGAAGCAAGCAAAGUAUAAUGGUCAUCAAAAUGAUUAUUCAAGUUUGAAUGGCACUAAUACAUUUAACAAAUUUAUUACAGAUGAGAUGAAUAGAAAGAGAUCGAGUUAUAUUGAUGCGGCAACCAAAGUACUUGUCGACAUGAAUGAAAAGAAUACUCACGUUACCGGUACAGCAAAUACAGGUAAAAAUAAUAGUGAUAAUAUCAUGAACGAUGCAAUGCUGAACUUGGAGGAUAAUGUAAUGGCAGCAUUAGAAAUUGUACAAAAGGAACAGGCCGAACAACAACAGACAGAAGAUGAAGCUUCCAUGAUACGACGCCAACGAGAGAACGAGCAAUUCUUACUAAGUUUCGAUUUUGAUGCAGCAUAUCAUGAAGAGGAAGAUGAGGACUAUAAUGACGAUGACGACGGUGAGGAUGACGAUGACGAUGACGAUGAUGACGAUGACGAUGACGAUGAAGUUGACGAACUAUAUGGUGAUAGAACAGCCGAAGGAAAUAAUUUUUCCAGGGAUAGGGACUCUACGGUUCAAGGUAAUACACCCAAUGAUUAUAAAAGAUAUGACAAAUUUAUUAGCGAGAGAAAAAGAAUGUUACAAGAGAUACAAGAAAUCGAGAUUGAGAAUGCUAUAGAUGAUGAUAACCCGAAUGAUGACGAUAUAGAAGAUGCGAGACAAAGUGAGUCCCAGGAUAUACCAACAGAUGUUGACCCUGUAGUAGAUUCCGGCAAAGUAACACCCUCGAUGAUGUACUAUCAUGAUAUAUGA